AUGUCAGCGGUGGUGAAGUGUGUCUUUGACCUCCGAGACCUCGCCGUGUCUUCUGCGGAGGCCUGCUACUCAUCUGGCGUUCGCUGUUUCAUGCCGAGAGCAUUGCACCCAGAAGACUUUUUGUUGAGCAUCAGCGUUGAGAUUGACGACUGUGGCGAGGUUGCCAAACACGCAGUGACAGGGCCAAAGUUCACCCAGAAAUGUGUGGCCUGGGGUCGAGAGGUGCUAUGGCCUCCGUUAACGGCUGCUGUGCCACUAACAUUUCUCACCGUGACACGUGUGACGACCCCCACCUUUAAGUCAGGUGACAGCGGCUUGAUGGAGGCGGAACAAUUGGGGAGGGCCUUGCCCAGAGCUGGGGCGGUGUGGCAGGUCAACAGAAUGGGCUGUGAAUCCUGUGCCUCUGAAUCCUCCGGGUGGCCCGGAGAGGAAGCCAGACGGGGGUCUUUCUUCGGGAUUAGCAGACUCCCAGUAGACUCCCAGUACCUCGUCACUGCGAGCGGGUCCCGCACAGACCCGGUCCGGCCCCUCGGCAGAAGGGGCCUGCGGUGGCCCACGUGGAGCCUGCCAGUGACUGGUGAGGAAGACGAGCUACAGGACUACGUCACCUACAGUCAGAGAGCUUUGAUAGAACAUUUAUCUAGACACCAGCUGCUGCCACAGAACAAACUGAAAAUGCCGUUGAUUGGGCCUUCCUUCUUUAUCCUGGGUUUGAUUGUAGCUUCAGCCAUAGAAAACGACAAAGCCACAACCACAGGGUUCAUCACAGCUGCACAGGGACCGAACUACAGCCAGAAUGACCUUACCACUGAAAUGCCCAUCACCAACACCACCAUGCACAACACCAGUAUCUCCAAUAUCACCAGUGAUAUGAACAUCACCAGCCCCAACAUCACCAGCCCCAACAUCACCAGCCCCAACAACACCAGCCCCAACAUCACCACAGCACCCUCAACCACAGCACCAUCAACCACGGCACCAUCAACAACUGCAUCCUCAAAAACAGACCAGAAAGGUGGUGAAACUACUAAAGGCGGCAUAAUCCAUCCCAUUGGUCCAUCUAAAAUUACACCUGAUAAUAAGAAAAAUACGCCCGCUCCCAGACAAAAUCCCACAGGAGACACCAUUGGUAUUGCCAUCCUCGUUGUGAUCAUCCUCGUGGCUCUUGGAUUUGGAGUUGCUUGCUACAUUGUGCGGAAAAGAGAAAGACGCUACUCUGUCGACUUCAUGUCCAGACAAGAUGAAGCCAACAUCCCUCUCAGCAUUCUGGACCCUGAGCUUCCUGUUGAUACCGUCUCUCAGAGUGGUCUGCAAACCUUUGAAAGUACAGAAACGAAGGCAAAAGAGCCCCAAGGACCUGAGGGACAAGAGGAACAGAAACUUGAGAGCAAGUCUGUGGCCGCCGAGGCCGACAAACCUGUGGUCGACCCCGGUGCCGAGUCUGCAGCGGCGGCCCCUUCUCCCCACGUCUCUGAGGACAAACCCAAGGAAGAAGUGGCCGAGCCGAGUCCGAGUCCUGCACCUGUGCAGCCGAGCGCGGAGGAGAAAACCGACGACGAAGGCGUCGACUCCAACAAGACCUCAGUGGAAUCGCUGAGUGAGAGAAAUGAGAACAACAGCAACAGUGCUGACUUCACACAGACGACAGAAGUGGAUUCAAGCAACAUUUUCAAGGACGUCCCCCUCGACUCUCCAGUGUGACACCAGUGCAUCGCUGUCCAUGAAUGCCAUCACUCACAAUCGUGAUGGAAGAAAGGAGUCGUAAACUCAAACGACCAAAGGACACGUCUUCUCAUACGCUGUGAGAAACUCAAUUGGCUGGUGGCCUCCGGUUAGAAUUUCAUUUAUUGUCACAGAACAGCUUUUUAUCAGAGUAAAUGUCGCCUCAGCUCAACAUUUUAUAGAUUCUAUA